AUGCAGAAGAUGCGCAGGCAGGUUCAGCUACUGUGUGUUGUCCUCCUGGUGACCAUCCAGGUGUCAGUCAAGAGCUUCCCCACCAACAGUCAAAAAAGCGCAGUCCCCAACGGCACUUCGACCACGGAGGCAAUAUCACAGGCCAGCCCGGGUGGCGAUGUGGGUGAGACUCUGGAGGACCUCCAGCAGCAGAACCAGCUGCAAAGCCUGGCAUCCUCCACCCAGCCCUCCAAGAGACCCCGAUGCCGGAGCUGGUCCCACGUGGUUCUGCCCAAACCAGAACCAGAGGAGGAACCAGAACCGUUCAUCCUGGACCUCAGGAACUUCCCUGAGUUGGCCAACGCAGACCUGGGAUCUCACAGCCCUAAUAUACAGGUGACCAUUGAGGUGGUUGAGGACACCCAGACGGAAACAGAGAUGGAGAUGGAGAUGGACCUGGCCAAGGAGGGGGGUGAUGGGGGCCGCAACGACUGGUCCCUGUCCUCAAAGGAGUGGCUCGGCCACAAGAAGCUGUUCUUGGCUCUGUUCUGGGAGUACCCGGAACAAGCUGAGACUGAGAGUGGGCAAGGCGGCAGGGCCAGCCCGGAAGAACAGGAACAGGAGCAGCCCACAGAGGACUACAACUAUGACCCCGAGGAACAGGAACCUGAGCUUAGUGGGACCAGAGGGACUGGGGUGGAGACCGGGGCGGCUGGGGCUGGGGUGGAGACCGGCGGGGCUGGGGUGGAGACCGGGGGACUGGGGCUGGGAUGGAGACCGGGGGAAUGGGGCCGGGGUGGAGACUGGGGGAUCCCAAAUGACCCCCUUUACUGGGGGACUGGGGUGGAGACCGGGAGACCGGGGGACUGGGGUGGAGACCGGGAAGACCGGGGGACUGGGGUGGAGACCGGGGGACUGGGGUGGAGACCGGAGGGACUGGGGCUGGGGUGGAGACUGGGGGACUGGGGUGGAGACCGGGGGGGGCCGGGGUGGAGACUGGGGUGGAUACCGGGGGACUGGGGCUGGGACAGGGGCUGGGGUGAAUACCGGGGGACUAGGACAGGGGCUGGAGUGAAGACCGGAGGUGCUGGGACAGGGGUGGGGGUGAAGACCGGAGGGACUGGGUUGAAGACCGGGGGGACUGGGACCGGGGUGGGGGUAGGGGGAGACUGGGGGAGCCACUGGAGAAACAACAAAGGAUGGGACUCCAAGGAAAACUAUGAGUACGAGGAGGAGGAGUGGAGUGACUGGUCGCCAUGCAGCGUCACCUGCGGCAAUGGCAACCAGAAGCGUAUCCGUUCUUGUGGUUACGCAUGCACAGCGACCGAGUCCCGGACCUGCGACCUGGACAGAUGCCCAGAUGACCUCCUAGCAGUUACUGAGCUGAUGACUCUGGAGAAAACCAAUGGCACUGACUCCCUUGACACAAAUGUGGACAGCUGUGACAAGUGGCUGAGCUGUAAGAACGACUUCCUCCAGAAGUACCUCCAUAAGGUGCUGACCGAACUACCCAGCUGCCCCUGCUCCUACCCGUCCGAGGCAGUCUACAACGCCGUCCACAUCUUCGACACGACGCUGCGUAAGACCUACCGCUGGCGCGACGCCUCCGGCCCCAGAGAACACCUGGACAUUUACAAGCCUUCCGCUCGCUUCUGCACGCGCUCCAUGAUCUCCUCCAAUAGCACCACCCUGGCUGCGCAGCACUGUUGCUACGACGACCACGCAAAGCUUAUCACGCGAGGUAAAGGGGCGGGCGCUCCGAACCUCAUCAGUACUGAGUUCUCGCCAGAGCUGCAUUACAAAGUGGACGUGCUGCCCUGGAUCCUGUGUAACGGGGACUGGAGCCGCUUCCACUUGGUGAGGCCACCCAACAACGGGCUGCUGUGUCCCGACAACCCACACGAGGAGGUGCAUCAGGCUCAACUGGAGGAGGCCAGGGAGUACUGAUGGGAAGGAGAACUGAGACCCUGACCGGGGGAAGAGCUGGAAAGAGGGGGUAGAGAGAGCCACAUGGUCCCCAAUUAUGUCUGGAUUUCAGCAUAGACCACAUACUGAAUAUGUGUAGCGUUAACUAUCAGUUGGUUUGGGAAGAAAAGGACUCCUGGAUGUCCCAUCUCUAGCUCCUCCUUAUUCAGUGUUCGGUCACAUUGAGGUACGGAGUUUAUUAAUGACUGAAAUUGGACAUUUCUCCAAUCAGGGAAGCCGGCAACCAGCCAUCCAAAAUGGAGUGAAGUUGAGCUCCUCUCUUGCAGUGGCGUACUCUGACGUGGGAAAACGAUGUGAGCGCCCCGUUUUAAUGCUGUGUUUUUAGGACAUCUUCACCAUCAAGCACUUCACUCCUUGAAUGAUUCGUCAGGAUCCACCGGCCAAUUGGAAUAUACUCUUCCACGAAUGACAUACUGUGGCAUUACAGGAAGAGAAAAAUCAAAAUAAUUCUAACGUGCUGCUGAUGUAUUGCUUGUGAAAGUCCAGAUUUUGGAGUUUCUGAGGCUUUAUACACUCUUCAAUCAGAAGAAACUGGUUUGUGAACGUUAGGAACAGUUGGAGAGGAUGACAUGGUUCUAGUUAUCCUCUCACCCCCAAGCACCCCACCCUCCACUUUCAUACACUCACAUGUGCUGCUGCUAUUGAGAAGAGGGAUGGGUA